AUGUCCUUUGCGUCCUCCAAGGUUCUCCUCCUCCUCCUCCUCCUCCAUGGCAGCACUUCCUUCGCUCCCUUGUCCUCGAACCUCUUUCCUGAUUCUUUGGCGAGUUCAUCGUUCUGCGUAAGACCGAAGAUGCCCUUGAAGUCGUUGAGGUCCCGCGCGUGCCGUCGCUGGCAACCCAAGAUCGUAGCAAGUUCGGAGGGAGUCUCUUCUGAGGUGAACAAGGAGGAUGCAGUGACUCGCGAUGAAGUUGUUGCACAGAGGAAGCGAGCGCUAGAAGCUGCUCUCCAACAGUCUUCCUCGGAGGAGCUCAUGUGUGACUAUCCCCACGAGCCAUGCGAGUGCAAGUCGAUGCUUCUCCCUCCCGAGUUUGAGGCCUCAGCGAGCUUGUGCAUGCACCUGGCGCUGGUGCCGUCCUUGCAAGAGAGACUGAUCUCCCUGACCUCUCCAGGACUAGAUCCGAUCGAGAUGGCAUCCGAGCUCGAAGCCCUCAUACAGAACGAGCUCUCUUCCAAUGCAUCCAUAUAUUUCGAAGCAGGCUCAGUCGUGCGCGACAUUGUGUUGGCUAUAGGUCACCAGGGUAACGUGACGCACCUUCCCCUCUCAUCCGAUUGCAGAGGAUCGGCGAUCCCGGCACAUGCAGCUACAAGCGGUCGCGAACAUCUUCAGAUUGAUUUGUUUCACCUCCUCCGUCGAGGUGACAAGCGAGUAGACGAAGACGAGAGAAUCGCCAAGCACAAGGCCGUGGAGGAAGUGAAGCUGCAGGACAUGAAGGUGGAGGAUGAGCCGCAACAGCUGGCAGACCCUCCGCCAGGCUUCCUGUCGCUGAAAGAUGGCAUUGGUGACUUGAAAGCGAUGAUGCCAAAACACUUGGCUGAAGUAAAAGAGGAUACUAGUGAAGACGACGAGGUCAUGGCCUUUGCCCUCGGGAUUGUUCUGCGGGGGAACAUGGCGGAAGAAAUUCAGUCGAUGCAGAGGAAGUUGAAGGAGAGCGAGCAGAUGUCGAGACUUUUGAGUCUAAAAGGUGUCAAGGUAGAGGUCCUUGGAAGGAUGAGGGAGAGCGAGGGAGGAGGAGGCGUCUUCUUGGAGUUGAAGCGAUUCGUGAAGGGGAGGAAGAUGAUGGCAGGGCUGAUCGACACUCUGAAAGACAACUUGCAACUGUCGGGGAAGAGGAUGAAGUGGAAUGCCAUUCCCUUCACUCUGAAUCGCACGGGGUCGAGCGAGACGACAGAGACAAUAGACGAGACGAUACAGACGAUGAAGCUGUGGGUCAGUGUCGACAAGAAGAGCCUUUUCCUGCUCUCCGAAAUCUUCGCACACGUUGAGCAGGACUUCAAGCCGCUGCGAGGCUUGCUUCCUCUGCUCGAGGUUGAAUGGAAGGGCAGCGUAGAGAGCAGCGAGCUGCGGCAAGCGAUCAUGCAGGUACAGGAGACCGUCGAGGCGAUGCAGGUGGGGGAGAAGCUGGAAGAAUGUUUGGUGUCGACCAUCUCGGCAGCCGAAGUUUGCUUCGAGGACGGGCAACAAUCUUUCAACCUCUUGCACGAGGUGGCCUUUGUACCUGCGGAGCUCGGAGCUACUCCCUCGACUUCGACGCCUUCGACGCCUUCGCUGAGAGUAGCAGAGGAGGAGAGUCAGAGAGCUGACGCAGGGCAGGACGAGCAGGUUGAAGAUCGUACAGCAGGACUCGCACAGGAUGAGUUUGGACGGUGGAGCAUGUACAGUUCGGGGAAGAAGGUGGGUAGGCUGUCGAUAGAGGACGGGAAGCUGUUGGCAUAUCAGUCGUUCCCGUUGCGAACAGUCCUCAAGAAUGACUUCAACUUCACUUGGGAACCGGAGAAACGAGCAUGGACCAAACCUGUCCAAGAAUUCCUGCUCAUGACAGGGGCGGCGACCUCGGAUACGCAGGAAAUCUUCCGCUUGCUCGUCCAGUCAUACAACAAGAAGGUGAAGGAACAGGAUCAAAAGGAAGUGAGUGAGAGGAACGAAGACACCAGCGGGAGUUCUGUGGGAGGUAGUGGGAGACAGGAGGUGAAGGUGGAGGAGGGAGAGGGGAAACUUCACGUGUACAACUCGUAUCAAGUGAAGGAGGAGCUGAAGGCUCUUGGCUUCGUGUUUGACAGCACGCGCAAGUCUUGGUGCAUGCAACUUCCUGCUGCUCUCAACGUCCUAGACGUGGCCUCGUCCUCCCAAGUUGACGUCCAAGUGAUUCGGCGAGCUGCUUCUUCCUCCAAGUUGGCGCCGUCGGGCAGCCUCCCUGUCUCCCCCUCUCCAUUCACUUCGGCAGAAUUCGAGGCUACUCAGAACUGCAGGAGCAGUCAGGCAAUGGAGCAGCCGCUGGUGGGCAUGGAGAAAUGUCGACCGAUGAUGCUGGGUGAUAAGAUGCCCGACGUGUCCGGACGAGACCUGAUGGCGAUGACAAGCUUCUCAGAGGACAUGCUGAAGAGAGACGUUCUCACGUGUCUCAAGCACUCGAUGGGGCAGGAGGAUGCGAUCUCGACGGAGAACGUCGUGCUGGCUUACAGUGCGGAGCAGCUGAUGCUAGCACUGCUGGAGCUCCUGGUGGGAUCUGAGCAGAAGGUCUUGAGAGCUACUGGGGGAUCAGCACGCGGCAGCCCCUGUGACUUGGAUCAGCUUUCUCUCCCAGAGCUCGCAAACCUGCUGGACUCUUCUUUCUCUGUCCUCGUGCUAAACUCUCCUUGCUCAGUCACGGGUCUGGAGCUCAGCGACUCGAGAAUACGAGAGCUGCUGCAGCUCUGCCGCGAGAAAGGCGUUUGGGUCCUGCUGGACAUGUCGAACGCGCAUCUGCUGGAGAGCACAUUCAACUUUGACCAGACAAUGUUGAAGCAGAGACUCGUUGUCGUCCAAGACUUCUCGCACUCCCUGGGUGAUCAGCUUUGCGCGUCUACCAUGAGCUCUGAGUAUCCUGUUCUUAGGCAUCAGCAGCUGGGGUUGUGCUCAUGGUAUCAUGGAGAAGAGCUUAGCGAUGAGAGUAGAAGCAGCGUAUCAGGCUCCUCUCUCUUCAUGAUGCACAAGUUCCUCUCGUGGACCGAAAGUUCCGCCAGGCUGGAGGCGACGGUGCUCUUUGACUUCGGCGUUGCUGGGGUGACGUCAGAACAGAUCUCGCACCUCCGACGGGUUCCCGGCGUGAGAUGCCUGCCAUGCAAGGGAGGGUUUCACCUAGCCAUCGACGUGACGGACUUAGAGUUGUCACCUGCUGAGGCCUCGGAGGUUCUGCGAGAGGAGGCAGCGGUGAUGGAGGUUUGCGCGGUGGCGAUCGCACCGGGGAAGAAGAGAGCGUUGCUUCGCUUCAGCCUCACACAGCAGGAGCAGCUCCUGGCCAACGCAUUUCGAGCCAUCACUGCCAGUCUCAGGUGGGAUAAGGACAUGCUACAAGCUGCUUGA